CAUAGGGGUAUCGCUUAAGCGGUGAGAGUUUACAUUUUACUGUAAUCGUUACAUGCUUUGUGCUUGAAAGCAUGCAAUAAAAUACGAAUCGUGUCUUUUUAUUAUUUGCUAGCUUCUGUGGCGGACUGUACGAAAUUUUUUAAGUGCUAACCAGUUGCAAAACAAAGGAAUGGGAUAUACACGAAGCAUAACAGAUACAUAAAUGAGAGGCUUCGAUCUAAUAAUGAAUAACUCGGGUUGUGCGUUAUGUACACUCGAACCACCGCCCGACAUUCUUCACAUACCACCACCGCCGUUCCCGGCUAUUCUACAGCAAAGUUCCGACUUUUAUCCACGCGCGGACCUAUUGUCGUUUCCACAGCAUCUAAAUGACAGCCCGUGCAAGCAUCUUUGUGAUCGCCGCUCCGAAGGGGUGCAAUACAUAGAGAUGCCGCAGCAAGGUACAGUUUUCGAUGACACGUGGUUGCUAGUAUUAAUAUCAUCCUGCGUCGGUGUGAUUUUCAUAGGCAUAAUACUAGCAACGUUACUCUUGAAAUGCAAAUUUAAUAGAAAUGGUAAGAACGGCGUGAUUUCCAUGCCGAACGCAGCAUCAAGUAUGCAAACGAAAAAUGGAAGGAUUCAAAACGAGGCUGUCCUUUAUCCUUGCGCAACUGACAAUAUGCAAGAUAGUCGUGUUAUGUGGGCUACUCUUACACCACGUGGCACUACCAGACACUAUCUAGAGGAACACACCUAUGAAACUAUCGGCGGUGGACAAUUCCAUAAGCGUGCCUGUUCAACUACGCCAACUGAACAUGUAAAACUUAAGACUUAUGCGGACCCACCAGUUACGAGCCCGAUUCAAAAUCGGCCGAAGGACGAUAAAGCGUUUGAUAACACGGCGUUCGUAGAUUACGAAGAGCCAUUGUCAAUAAAGACUGAUUACUAUCAACUCAAUGAUGCUUUGGAACCAAAUGAUUCAGGAAUACUUUCGAUACAACAAAGGGGAACAUUACGACCACGUGUCAGUUCACCAACAAGAAUCGAACAUCCAAAUUUACCUCCGCUUAAUCUCCAUCCGCAUAAACGUUCUUUUCAUAAAGGUUCCGCUACACCACAGGCAUCAGACACAUUGCUUAGACGUAGUAGCAUUACAUCAUCCACGUACAUUCCUACUAUAUAAACUUAACAUCCGAUCUCUGUUAUUUCUAAACACUUACACAAUAACAUAAACGACACUAAUUGAAUGUGUUAUCUUUACAUCGAUUCUCUCUAAGCGCGUAAUAAUCGUGUAAGUUAAAUGAGGCAACAUAGUUGUUGAAAGGUAUAUGUAAAUUACACAAAAGGUGUUAACAUAAAUGUGGGAUUUCUUCCCAGAAGUAAUUCCUUGUGCGAAGGGAAAUUAAAAAGUCUUGUAUCAUUUUGCAAUAUAAAACAUCGUUACAAUCUAUCAUCGUCAACAUUUAUUGAUGUGUCAUGUCAUUGACGUACAAAAAACACUGCAAACUCCAUAUACCUUGAUAACGAAGCCUUAGAGUGAAAAUUAGAAAAUAGACUUUAUGAUUUACAUUGGCAUAAGAAAUUGAUCCUGAAAAAAGAUUCCACAUUUUGAUUAAUACCCUAUAUAUGUGGAAUUAAUUUUGAAUAAGGUGCCACAUUUUUGUAAACACGCUCUAUACUUUUUUCUAUUAAUUUAAACAAUAAAAACGUAGCGAUGUGAUCAAAUUAGACAUAUUUAAAUACUGUACUGCCUUUCUUCAUGAUAAACAAUCGUGACAGCCAGUUAUGAUGAACGGCGACUCAGUUAUGAACAAUGGCUUGUAUUCAUGUAUUAUAUUUAAAAUAUACGUUAUACUUAUAUACCUAUUAAUAAAAAGUGUUUUUCAUUGCGUAAAAAUGAAAUUGAAGAAGCUUCUGGUGCACUGGCAUAAAAAAGUUCUAAAUAGUAAAAUUAUAUCGAAGGCAGUGCAAUAUAGCAAAAUAAAAUAAAAGUUUUAACGGACAAAAGCUAUUUUUGAAAGUUUUCAAAAAAGUAAUAGAAGAGUCCUCAACUUCGAAU